UCUUAACAAAACUACAUUGCUUGUUAGACAACAAAAUAUCAUCACUACACAAGAAGAAGAAGAAGAAGAAAGUAGAGAGCUAAACUUAAUCAUGGUGGCAGCUGCAGCUACAUCUUCUUCACAACUUCUUUUAUCAAGCUCUCGUUCUCUAUCUCGUCUCUCUCCUUAUCAACUAUGUGGGUUUGAUACCAAAACACUUGUCUCAUGUCCCAGUAGCUGCAACAACGUUAAUGUCAAGAGAAGACAUGUUGGUGCCGGUGUCAAGUGUAUGGCUGUAGGGACGGCGUCAGAGGCUGAAACCAAGAAGAAAAGUGUGUUUGAGAUUCAAACACUCACAAACUGGUUGUUGAAGCAGGAACAAGCUGGCGUUAUUGAUGCGGAGCUCACUAUUGUGCUUUCAAGCAUCUCUACGGCUUGUAAGCAGAUAGCUUCUUUGGUUCAGAGAGCCAGCAUUUCCAACUUGACUGGCGUUCAAGGUGCUGUCAACGUUCAGGGGGAGGACCAGAAGAAGCUUGAUGUUGUUUCAAAUGAGGUGUUCUCUAGUUGCUUGAGAUCAAGCGGGCGAACGGGGAUUAUAGCAUCGGAGGAGGAGGAUGUGCCGGUGGCAGUAGAAGAGAGUUUCUCUGGAAACUAUAUUGCGGUGUUUGAUCCACUUGAUGGAUCAUCCAACAUUGAUGCUGCUGUAUCCACUGGAUCCAUCUUUGGUAUAUACAGUCCAAAUGAUGAGUGCCUUGCCGAUAUUGGUGAUGAUGCUAAUCUUGGCUCAGCAGAAGAAAGAUGUGUCGUCAACGUGUGCCAGCCAGGAAGCAAUCUACUUGCUGCUGGCUACUGCAUGUACUCAAGCUCUGUAAUUUUUGUGAUAACUCUAGGAAAUGGUGUGUUUGCAUUCACCUUAGACCCCAUGUAUGGAGAGUUUGUUUUAACUCAAGAGAACAUCCAGAUACCAAAAGCCGGAAAAAUUUAUGCAUUUAAUGAAGGGAAUUACCAGCUUUGGGAUGACAAAUUGAAGAAGUACAUCGAUGACCUCAAAGAUCCAGGUCCCAGUGGCAAACCUUAUUCUGCUAGGUAUAUUGGCAGCCUGGUUGGUGACUUCCAUCGGACCCUUCUCUAUGGCGGCAUUUAUGGGUACCCCAGAGACAAGAAGAGCAAGAAUGGGAAGCUGAGGCUCUUGUAUGAGUGUGCACCGAUGAGCUUCAUUGUGGAACAAGCUGGAGGAAAAGGAUCAGACGGCCAUCAAAGAGUACUUGACAUUCAACCAACUGAGAUACAUCAGCGUGUUCCACUCUACAUUGGAAGUCAAGAGGAAGUGGAGAAAUUGGAGAAGUAUUUAGCUUAACCGAAAUGUAAAACAAAGAAUAAUUUUGUUCAUGAGGAUAAUUCUUUCAUGGAAGUUUCUCAAGAAAUACGCUAAAUUGAAAUUAAAAGAGAAGCAAUUACUUUCCUUUACCUAUAUGAAUUACUUUUGUUUCGGGGCAAAAUAUUGCCAGGUCUGCAUGGGACUUCAACUGUGUGUAAGAUUCAAUCUAGAAAUUGGAUCAAAUUUUCAGAGGAAACAGACUAUCAG